UUUGGAGUACAAGCUUCUUGUAGCACCCAUCCCUCGAAAAAGGAAGCAGCAUCACUCUCCGCCGCGCCGCGAGACCUAGCCGAGCCCGUCGUGUAUCGUCGUCGCCGCCAGGAGCACGGAGCGACACCGCCGCCGCAGCCAGCGCUUCCUCUCCAAGGAUCAAAUCAUGGGGUAGCAUUCAGGGGCUGCAAGUGACCUUGCCAUGAGCGCGUUUCUAGCUCAGCCACUAGUCGGUUAGCAUCUGACAGCCAUGGCGAAGCAUCACCCUGAUCUCAUCAUGUGCCGGAAGCAGCCUGGCAUUGCUAUUGGUCGCUUGUGUGAGAAGUGUGAUGGCAAGUGCGUCAUCUGUGACUCGUAUGUGCGCCCAUGUACGCUUGUCCGGGUCUGCGACGAGUGCAACUACGGCUCGUUCCAGGGAAGGUGCGUCAUCUGCGGCGGAGUUGGCAUCUCAGACGCCUACUACUGUAAAGAGUGCACGCAGCAGGAGAAGGACCGAGAUGGGUGCCCCAAGAUUGUCAACCUAGGAAGCGCCAAGACCGAUCUCUUCUACGAGCGCAAGAAGUAUGGUUUUAAGAAGAGAUGAAUUACAUGCAUGGAUUUGGCGGGUCCUCUAGGCCUCACUCUAUGCUGUUACACUAAUACCAGAAGCAGGUUGCUGGGGCAACGGCAUUGUGUCCGUGUUAUCGUUUGAUCAUAAUAUACAAGAAUGCGUCCCUGAUAUGCUCUGUAAUGAGUAGUUCUGUUGUAUGGUUCAAAACUCUAGACUUCCUGUGCAGUAUGCACUUGAUAUCAAUGACCAUGAAUGUUUGACUUGAAA